GUGGUAGAAAAAGUAUGAGCAUGCAAAAAACAAAAGAAUAGGCAUAAUGUCCAUUUCUGCUAACUCUGGUGCUCCUGCUAUUACUCCUUCUUUUACGAAAAAAAGAUGGAACAACCACAUCAUGACUCGUCAGUGCACCAGGCUAAGACUGCUUUGAUUUGAUUAUACAAAAAAUAAAUGGAACAACCACAUCAUGACUCGUCAGUGCACCACCAUAUUAAGAGUGCAACGAGUCUACCUCACAAUGAGGUUGGUCGUCCUCUUGGUGGGACUAGUAGACCUGUGGCGCGUCCUCGCGGGCUCGAGAUGGAUUUCAUCCCAAUAUACGAAGAAGGAAGGGACGGCCUCUUGUCCCCAACGAAUCGAACCUCCUCGCUGUUUCUAGAGCAAAGUGCUCCGACAUCCCGACGGCCUAGUAUUAUGAGUGGAAAGCUGAGGCAUUUUAGCAAGCUUGAUUAGAAAAUAAAGUAAAAUGUAGUUAGGCUUUACAAAAUAAUGAGUGGAAAGGCAGUAGUAUGGUUCGGUGGAGAGGCCCAGCAUCAUAGGAGGCUUGAUAUUAAAAUAAUGUCUUUCAACAUCCACCCGAGGCUGGUGACACACCAUUUUGUCGAAGAUAUCAUACUUAUAAAAGUCACGUAGCCAGUAAUAAAUAUACAAGUGCUGGUGCAACAUGAAAAAAAGCAGGCUUUAAUGUGUUUCCUGAGACGGAUCACAGUGUUUCGACUUUAUCGAAAGAUGCUGCUGCGCCAGACACUUUGGCACAGACGACGAGUGGCAGGUUCUAUGCUCCAACAUUGGCUUCCUCGCAGCGAACUAUUAUGAUUGGGCAGCAAAUGCGAGUACUUACUUCUAAGACCACUAUCUACGAAUCUCGUCUUGUAGUAGUAUAGCUUUGACGAUUGUCGCUCUUGCUGUUGCGUCUUUUUCACGUCUGAGCGCCCAUGCAUUGCUUAGCGCUAAAAUCAAACCGGUACCCGAUCCUGUCUCACAGCAAGCAAGGGAGCUCGAACAGAGGUUAUGCAUGGUUUUUUGGUACCUAGUUUGAGUUGGUUCCGUCCUCAAAGUGACAGAUGUAUGAUCCGCAAGAAAAAGUGUAUAAUGAUAAGUGAACACGCCAACGCCUAAACCACUAAGCCAACUGCGCAGUUGGCUUAGUGGUUUAGGCGUUGGCCUGUUCACUUAUCACAUAGUCCUUGCUUGAUGGGUUCCUCAAAUUGAAGCAAGACCUGAAACACAUGCAAACAGGAAAGACAAGAAGUGCCUCUUCCAACAUCUGAAGCCAGGAAAGUGCCUGAGCGUGACCUAGCCAAGAUUCGACGGACGUUCAAUACCUUCUGUCCGGAUGGAGGGAGCGGGGCAGCGUCUGUGGGACCAGGUUCGUUCCUUUGUCUUUGAAUUGACAAACUAGUUCUAGUUGUAUGUUCUGUUUAGUUUUUACCUCUAGAGUCUUAGCCCUUUCAACAAACUAGUUGUAUGUUCUGUAUUUCAUUCUCCGCAAACGCAAUUGCUGCAAGCAACAGCAGGAACAUCCUAUGCAAUAAUGGAUUCGUCAACAGCAAAGCUUUGAAAAUUAAUAUCGUCGGACGAGAACUGAACUAUAGAUUAGUUCUAGAAGUUCAAAAAUGUCUUUCCCUCUCAAGGUCCUGGCGCAACAAGCUCUUCGACACUCACGAGAAGUAGCAAAGCCUCUAGUGUGUCAUCGACGCCAGGUCGUGGACUCAGGGGACCACCAAGUUUAAGACAUAUCAACAGUCCGAAGUCAAAGCUUUUAUCUGAAUAUCUUUUCAUGACUGGGGAUCACAGGCCGCCCUAGUAAGAAGUUCUAGUAUCUUCUGCUCAUAGUCCUCCCUGUCCCACCGCAGCUCCUCUGUUAAGGCAUCUUAGUGUAGUUCAUCUGCUCAUAGACCCUCUCCAGCCCUAAGAAACCUUAGAUGGGAGAAAAGUACUGUGGCGAUGGACCACGUACGCUUGGCUGACGUGGAGCAAUGCUUAACUGCCUGCCUCCAGGAGAUUUGUCCACCCUUAGAGGAGGAAUCUAGUGGAAGAAGCUUCGCCUUCGGCACCUCAAUUGCGGCAUCUUCAUGCGUAAAUCUUGAAGAAGCAACUUCUACCACUAGAGCCACCGCUUCAACAACAUCACAGAGUAAAGGAGCUUUAGGCUUAUGGGGAGAAGAAUGAAUUUUUGUAAGUACUUGGUUAUUCCUGUAAAGUUGUUCUCAAAAUUAAGUACUUUCUUGUUUUUCACUAUUCUUUCUGGUCUUUGAGUUCGUGGUAGGUCACCUCAGAGGCCCAUGAAGACGCGACUAUGCUGUGUGCAGUGUGUCUUGACUGGUGCAGGUGCUCCUCUUCCUAGUAAAAACUAGGGUUAGAUCAAUGUCAAUGAGGUGGAGUGACAACAAGCAGUAUUACUAAUAAGCAUCAAACAGAAGCAUCUGACUCCGAGGAUGAAUCAUUCAGCCUCAGAUCAGGAUAAUGAAAAUACAUAUUCCUGUCUACUUCACGCCCACUAAGAGCUGCUCGAAAUACCUUGUCAGCAAGCAGGAUAUCGCCUUACUUUUUGAUUGCAGGUGUGGCUCGUGCAGGCGUGCGCUGCGUGGGAGGGGAUGGAGAAUUAUGGGUGUAGCAGACUCAUCUCCCAAGUCUCUGGAAGAAGAAAACAAGAAGAAUAAGAGAGCCAUUCCUGAGAUGCAUUCCCUCUACCUCUAAGAGAAGGGAUGGAUUUCGACACAUUUUGCAGUCUAGUCGAAGAAGCGCGUUUCCUACUUCAGUGCUGGUAUAAAAUACCGCAAGCUUAUGGGAAGUAGAGCUACAACAGAGAUCUCUUUCAGGUGAUCGAUGUUGUAGAUGCGUACAAAAGAGAUCUCUUUCAGGUGAUCGAUGUUGUAGAUGCGUACAAAAGAGAUCUCUUUCAGGUGAUCGAUGUUGUAGAUGCGUACAAAAGAGAUCUCUUUCAGGUGAUCGAUGUUGUAGAUGCGUACAAAAGAGAUCUCUUUCAGGUGAUCGAUGUUGUAGAUGCGUACAAAAGAGAUCUCUUUCAGGUGAUCGAUGUUGUAGAUGCGUACAAAAGAGAUCUCUUUCAGGUGAUCGAUGUUGUAGAUGCGUACAAAAGAGAUCUCUUUCAGGUGAUCGAUGUUGUAGAUGCGUACAAAAGAGAUUUCUUUCAGGUGAUCGAUGUUGUAGAUGCGUACAAAAGAGAUUUCUUUCAGGUGAUCGAUGUUGUAGAUGCGUCAGUCAAGGACCACUCUAAGUAGAGGACCACUCUUGCUCUCGGGCAGACCACCAGUUUGCGCGUAGUGGUAUGGGCACAGGAGGAGCUUCAACGACUUGGUGCGCGAACUUCUUCAACAAGUCUGCGGAAGUUAUUGUUAUAAAAUGUAGCAAGUAAAAGUUGUAGUGGAAACAACAUGUGAAAUGGAAUUGCGUAAAUAAGUAAUCGUAGCCUUUCGUUAUUCCAGGUACUUCCUGUCUAAAAAAAGCACUAGUUUUUUUCUCGAGCGGUCAGACGAGGAUGAGCUACAAAUGCAAGAUUGCAGUACUGGAACGUCGACGCCAGCGGCUUUUCAUCACCAGUUACGCCGUUCGAUCUGACUUCUUAAACGCGUUCUAGCAGCAAGAGGACGUCAUUAUAGAUACUUGAUGUCGUCAUCUUCACUUAUUCCCUUCUCUUUGUCCCUCCUCUUUGCCCCCACUUAUUCCCUUCCAAACGACCUUUUGAUUAAGAAACCCAAAGGAAACAAGUUAAAGUUUUACUUCCGUCCCAUUUGAGUAUGAGUAUGCAUAAGCAACCAAAAAGAACUUUUACUUCACUAACUCAUCUAGUUGCGACAGCAAGAGGUGCACCGAGUCAGCGUCAGAGGAGGGACCGGGUCAAUGUCAGAAGCGGGGACUCAGCGGACACUCAGGUGCGGUCCACUCAGUUGUCCUCGAAAAUUAAGGGUUGCCGAAUUACAUUUUCCAGUACUCAACCAUCCUUGGCUCUUUUCCUAGUCGAAAAGAAGCCAGGUACGUUCCCAGGAAUGUAAUUCCGUAACCUCUAACAAGAGUAGUGAGACGUAUAAUUCGACAGGGCAGUCGCCAGAACCUAGGCGACGGAGACUUGCAGCCUCUGCCUCAAGCACGCCUGGCGGAGGAUUUCAUUUAGGCUUAAGGCACCUGGAAGUCUCAGAAGUUUUCUGAGAUUUGUAGAAUUUACUGGGAUGUACUCGAGAAACCCUACAUUUACCGUUCUACGUGAUCUGAUGCGAAGACGAAUAUCAUUAGCUUUUCUGGGGUUAUUUUUCGAGUACAUGUUCACGCUUUCGAAGAUACGAGGACUAGAAGCCUUCUCAUCUAGAUCUUCCACGGUUGUUUAGAGACCAAGAUCAUAAACGUGUUUCAGGAAUAGCUGUUUAGCUUCAGAGAUCAGGAAAGGGUUCCUCUUGCUGAGCGGUACGGUCUAAUUCGAGGCUCCGCGAGACAGCUAGCUCCACUCUCCGUGUCGCCAUCAUUAAGGCAUCUUGGACUUCUUUUCAUAGACCGAGAAUCGAUAUGUGCACAGUCACCGAGACUGUCUUUCUAAAAAUUUAAUCAAAACGUGUCCUCUCAUCUUUCUAAGUGUAUGGAAACAAGAGGAGAAACAAGAAUAUUUAAGAACGUUCUCACUUAGAGAAUUACAACAACCUCGAUAAACACUAACACUGUAGUGCCUCUCUAAUGUGGAAGGAGAAAGCGGCUUAUCAGAAUAGAGGACGUGGAAAGGACGCUGGUGGAGUCCACAAGACCCUCACCCUGUUGGAAACUGAGGAUCGAAGUAGUAGAAGUGUUAAGAAUCACCACUUGUAGUAUCGCAGUAGUAGAAGUGCAAGUGUUACGAAUCAGCAAUUCCGGUUAUAGUAUCGCAGUAGUAGUAGUACUAGUGUUAAGAAUCGGAAAAUGCGAUCUAUGGAGCCCUCCUGGGGAUGAAUGAAAAGAGGUUUUGAAUUUCAUCAGAGGUGUCGUGAUAUUUUGAUUUUCAUUAGACGUGUGAUACAGAUAAUACUAGUAUAGCGCUAGUAGUACAAGUGAUAGUGAUGCUUGUGCUGAUAGAUACUCUUGAUUCUUCUAACCUGCAAAAAAUAGCUUCGGGACGGUUAGUAGCUUCGCGGCGACUGCCUAGUAUGGACCGAUUGCGAGCCAAUAAACCGCCACCUCGGGAGCUGAGUCCGAUAGGAACGCCUGCCCAAGGAAGUCAAGAGGUGUCGUCGGAACUCUAAGGGUUAUAAUGCUUAAAGCACUGAACGAAAAAAUAACCAGUUAAUAGUUUUUCGCUCGUACUUAGUUCCUUCUACCUUCAUGAAAAUUCAAAUUGUAUUGAUAAGGUGACAUUAGUGACUAGAGGUUUGAAUCACUUGUCAGGCUCUCCGUAGGUGAAAACCUGGAUAGGCCUACAAAGAUCCUAGCUUGUUGCGAGUAGGGUUCAAAUACUUAUAAUGAACUACCGUAUGGAGGAGAUACGUGCUCUAAGAGUCGCUCAUUUCACAAGCAAGGGAAGAAUUGGGAAAAUUUUCGUGAGCGUGGACUGCUGUGGAUGCGUUUAUCAAAGAAGAGGGUAAUAACAGUGCAGCUGGCUGCGCGUUUUCCCGUGGAAGAUUUGGAAAUAGUGCUCGGUGAGCGUUUUUCAUGCAGCUAUGUGCAUAGUAAAUGUAAAUGUUUGAAGUAAAUGCCACACUAGUGGUAACGACCUUACAACAUCUCAUUUAGCAUCAUGAAAGAAGGAAACAGAAAUUGAAACACUGCUGGACCGACUAGACCCAUUAGUGUUUCUACCAUGCAUAGAGUCUCAUCUUCUGGAUAGUCAUUUUCUACGCUCAGAAAAGAGCAAAUCCUAACUUACAUCUGUCGAUAGAUUAUUCCCCUUUCUGAUAGCAAACAUAUCAUCAUUGUCAUUGGUCAUACCUAUCAUGAAAAUCAAAAUGAAUCUCGUCUAGCAGUGAAUAUAUUUAUUUUAUACUUAUAUACAACUACUUAAUACGGCAAGCACAGGCCUCGGCCGCCUCCGAUGAGAAGACCUCCAGGGCUGUUGGACGACACGCGGCGCCUAAAAAAAUAGAUGGCUCCUACUUAGCAUGGCCAUUACAAUAAGGUUACAACUCCUGUUCGGGCUGGAGCUGAUGCAUUUUGCACAAGUAGUACUACAUUCAGUAUUUUUGUCAUUGAAGAUCAUCACGAAUAAAAAUGCUAAGACUACUGUAGAGGCGACGACGAGGACCUGAUCAAAAGUAAUUGGCUGUAGUUCUUUGGUCCUGGACACGCUUACCUGUGCUAACGAGAGUCGGUUUGGUUACUUACUUUAGAUGUUGUUGUCUAUUGAGAUGAAACAGAGUGUCGGUUUAGUUACCCUUUCGGCGUUCUGGGAAAACAAAAGAAAAAUAUGACCUUGUGAAGGCAAACAUUGAUUGAUUGCUUGAUUGAUUGAAGAAAGUCGGUGUGAUCCUGAUCGCUUGGGAAGGCAGG